AUGAGUGACGUUUUAUCAGCGCUUACUGGCCCUGGGUUAACCCAAGCCCUUUACGCCGGAAAUGCACUAUGGUUCAGUAGUGCCGUCAUUCACUUCGGCUUUCGCCAAGCCCACGUAAUGCGAAGGAUUUCACACCGCAAAACUUUCAAAGACCCAGCAGUCCGCUCUUCACCAUCCGGUGACAAGUGGCAUCACGACAUAUUGGCCUAUCUAGGGGGGAUGAACUCCCCGCUUGUUCUUCUCUCGAUUCUUCGACUGUAUUCACUGCUGCGCCCUUCGCGAUACCUUUCUUCGAAAACGAGCGCGGGUGAUGUCCCGCUCGACAUUACAGCAUUGACAGUCCUCGGACUCGCAAACUUCUCUCAGGCGAUUCUAAAUUUCACGCUGAGCCGAAAUAAUGAUAGAUGGAUCAUGGGCAAGGGGCUUGACCGCAUCACGGUUCUAGACGCAGUUUUUACAGUGUUGGACUGGAGCUUUGCACUGGCUAGGGUGGUUACCAACUAA